GUAGGAUUGGAGACGACUUUGUUAAGACAAACCAGUACAAAGAGAACAAGUUUUAGCAUGUCUUCAUUAAGAGAAAUCCCAGAUCACAUUUGUAGGCGACGAUGGCUAGCUAAGGUCAUGCGUAGAAUUGCGUCAUCGGGUCGUCUCGUGUCGAACUGAGCAUGCGCCAGCUCUUAAAUCAAAGGCACUCCUUCGAUAUUAAGUUGUUUUUGACCUAAAUGAAAAUGUGUGACUUUCACGAGGUUGAAGUAAUUACAUGUUCAACUGCUUAAAACAUUGACUCGAAUCUAGGUUGUACCUCUAGAUUUCGAGAAUUUUAUUCAACCAAGGAAUAAUUUUUACCCUUCUGUCAUUGACUUGUCAAACCACGGCUUGGUCCGUUUCGCAAGUCUCGCGACCUUUGGGUGGAGUAAACAAAGACACACUACUGACUGAACUGAACAGGCUACCGAACCCUCAAUCGACCGAAAUGUCUCAACUACAGUUGUUGCGUGUAUUUUUAAAUGAGCGUUUAAUGGCGGCUGCUGUGGAGAUUUUCGGGGCAGUUGAGAAAACGGUAGUGGAGUACGAGGAGGAGAAUGAUCGGCUACGGAGACUUCUGCGGGUCACAUCGGAGAUAACACUAUGCAGAAAAGACUCCCUGCAGCUCUCUCUCGCUGUCUCUGAAGAGGAGGUUCCCUCUGAGCAGCAGCACUGUGAGAAGGAGUGGAGCCACAGUCUGGGGCUGGAGGAUCUAGAGCCCACACAGAUUAAAGAGAAACAUGAGGAACUCAGGACCAGUCAGGAGGAAGAGCAGCUUCAAGGGCUGGAGCCUGAUAUCAUAGAGUUCAAAUUCACUCCUUCCUGUGUGAAAAGUGAACGUGAUCAGGAAGACCCACUUUGGUCCUUGACUCUGUCCCAAACAGUGGAGAACAGAGAGUGUGACUCUAAACUAGUGGAUCCUAAACCUUUUGGCACUGUGACCCACCUAAAGGGUUAUGAAAUGCUCUGUGACCCUCCAGAUAAUCAAAACAUUGUCUACAGCCACAGCUCAGCCUUAAGCAGCAACCCAGUAGGACUUGACAGAAGCCAACCAUUGGAUCCAAACCCACCAAUGGAGGAACACUGUUCCAAACCCAGCACCACAUCUAUAAAAAGUCAUCGCUGCUGUGACUGUGGCAAAAUGUUUCCUCUCACAGCUGACCUGCAGAGGCAUGUGACUCUCGCCAAGAAGAGACUCAGCGAAUGUCACUUCUGCAAAAAACAGUACAUUUCCACCUGUAAACUGAAGGCCCAUGUCCGACUCUGUCACAGUGGGAAACCCUGCACCUGCCCCUUUUGUGGCAAGACCUUCAAACAAAAAGGAAAUCUGUCCAUGCACAUGAGGAUUCACACAGGAGAGAAACCGUUUAGCUGUGGUUACUGUGGGAAAAGCUUCAAUCACAAGGGAGACCUAAGAAGACAUAUACUGACUCACACAGGAGAGAAACCAUUUAGCUGUAAUUUUUGCUGUAAGUGCUUCAAUCAGAAGGGGGACCUAAGGAGGCAUAUACUGACUCACACAGGAGAGAAACCAUUUAGCUGUGGUGAAUGUGGUAAAGGCUUCAUACGCAAGGAGCACUUAACUGCACAUAUACGGAUUCACACAGUAGAGUAAUCAUUACACAGCAAAGUAAUAAUUUAUCUGCGGUGACUGAAAAGCGUAAAUCAUAAGGGGAAGCUGAAUAUGUAUAUACAGACUCACACAGGGGAGAUAUAAUUUAGCUGUGAUGACUUCGGGGAAAGCUUCACUCAGAAGACUAAUCUAACUGACCAUAUAUGAACUCAGACAGGAGAGAAACUGUUUAUCUGUGGGAAAAGCUUCAAUAAGAAGGGGGACCUAAUUGAGAAUAAACUAAUUCACACAGGAAAGAAAUCACAUGGAUUCUCUGUCUGUGGUAAAAGAUUCAAGACUAAUCUUCCGACACAUAAAACAACAUCUACAAAGAAAGAAAACAGGAUGAAAACACAAAUAAUAAAGAAAAUCAGGACAAAUAUGUCUUCUGUCAGCAGAUGGGUAUAAAAAGGCAGGUUGUGGAUAACUCUUAGAAAAGAAACAAUCAUUCAUGCACUGGGUUUCAGAGAAAUAGAUACAUGAUGGAUUUACUUUGAAAAAUGCUCUUUGUAAAUAAAGUUUGAUUUAAAUAAUGA